AUGCAUCACUUAAGCGAGCCCCAAGACGAUCCUUCCUUACUGGAAGGCUCGCCCGACCCACCCGGUGACCUGGUGAAUCUGAACCCCGAGGAGACCCGACCAGCAGAUGAAACAUCGGACCUGGCGGACAUUGACCGCGCUCAGCCAAGAUCCACACAGGACGUUCGCCUCCUGGUGGAUUCCUCUGACGGACGCCGUGCUGAGGUCCCGCUGACCGGCGAGCUCAGCUCAGAAUCACCGGCGAGUGAGGAGUGCCAUGCUGCGUCUUGCUUCCCCGGCAGAGAAGGGACCCUUGCUUGCAUCGGGCGAGCCCCGUCGAACCGGAGGCAGGCUGAAGAGAGGAGCGUUGCGAUCAACAUCGAACGGUCUAUCAUCGACCCCCAGCGCACGUCGAACAUGCCCUUAACGGAGUCUACGAGCUCUAGGAGUCUCUACGAGCUUCAGAUUGUGCGAGCCAUGUGGCCUGCCCGUAACGUGUUUGGGGGCUCGACCGAAGAGCCCGAGAAUACGUGCGAAGGUAGGGAGUGCUGCAUCUGCCUUGAAGACCUCCAGUGUGAGAGCUCCGUCGUGACCGGGUGCAAGCACUACCUCUGUGCGGCCUGUGCUCAGAGCACUGAACGCUUCGCCCUGACUUCGAACGGAGUAUGGUUGUGCCCGUCAUGCCGAGCUCUUGCUCACAUUGCUGAUUUCAUCAGAGAGUGCAUCUCACACAUCAACAUGUCAACUGCUGAUAGAGACCGUGGCAUCACAGUCCUCAGCACAAAGCCAGGAGAAGAAGGCUGCGAAACGCUCUUCAAAUCAAUCAAUGAUAGGAUAGAGCUCAUCGCCGCUUUACUUCACAUGUUAGACGGCAACGAAUGGAUUCUUGGAGAAAUGUGCACGAAGACUGACAGGGAGAAAGUGGAACCGAUAGAACCAGUCAAGAUGUUGCCUCACGUGGAGAAGAUGAUCGUGGAGAUCGAGCAAGAUAGAACUCCUGAUCUUCUCUACACUCAAGAAGUUCUCCGAGCGCUGCAGGUGCCUCAACCAGCAUGCUUGCGCCUGUGGGCGCUCAUACGUCUUCCUCCCAGCAACUCAGGGCACAAUCCAUCCGCACACGGAGGCGCACGAGGACGCGGCAGGGGGUGCCAGGUAUAUGUCUUCCUCGCUAUUGCCCUGUCAGUGGGGCUCAUCGCAGCGAUCAUCAAGUUAGCAGCAAGUCCUCUCCUCAACUCGUUUCUCCUCAUGGCUCCCUGGGCUGUGAAGCGCUCUCCAGCCAAGCAUGGCAUCUCAGCAUUUGCGCGGUUCGGGGCGUCGCUGAGAUCAUCGCAGCUCGAGAGCUCGUCUAUCUCAAACUGUUCAAGCGAACCCGACGAGGUCAUGGGCAUCGCGAGUCCUCAAGAGCGAAGCGAUCAAGGGUCAGGGCAUGCCGCUAUCAAGCCAGCUACCAGCUUCGAGAGCGAGGAGAUCCGGCCCAUCGCAACCCUCCCCAAGUUUGACCUCGUCAAACGAUCUGUAAUGCCCGAGGCAACGUGGUCGACGGACAGCCUGUCAGCCUCCAGUGAGACUCGGUCAGAAAAGUCCGCGAGUAAGAGGGUGAAGAAGCUUAAGCUUGAGGGGAGCAAGGAGAAGAAGUUCGACUGGUACAGCUUCUGGAUGAAACUUGGAGUCGUUUGCAAGACCAUGAACACCGAGAUUGUCCUGACUGGCACGACCCUUGAGAUAAGGGAAAAAUCUCGCAGGUUCCGUUGGCUCCACAUCAAGACUCUGAGGCAGAGGACCUGGUUCAUCCCCAAGUCAAGGAGCUCCAACUGUGAGCGGUGGAAAUUCAGAGCAAGCACCUCUCUCGGCAAGGUUCCGGACAAGGACCUGAUCGCCCUUUCACGGAGGGUCCGGCUGAAGCCCAGGGUCCUGAUCCCGGUCAAGCAAGGGACGCGUCCGAUGCAGACCUUGUUCAAGCGGAAGGCAACGAGCUCGAGGAGGUUUAUUGCGAUCCAACCAUUGAGCAGGGAGGAGGAGAAGGCGAGGAGGAGGCGAAUCCAGAUCAGCUCAGAGGCAGAGAGGGAGAGGAUACAAUCAGUUGCCUUCCAGAUCAAACGAGACAUCUCCCGGUCCCUCCAGGACGGCGACUCCUCAGCCAUUGCUCCAUGGCAGACUGGGUCCGACUCCAGCACGAGUCUCCCCUCCUCCUUCUCCUCCCCCUCCCCCCCCUCCUCCUUCGCCUUCUCCUUCGGGUCGGCGGAAGGCGUGAAGGUGGGAGUAGAAAUGCCCCCUCGGGUGCGGGAGGGGAGGAGAGCAGGCGUUCCCGAGGGCCUCGACACCCCAAAGUGGCGAUGCGGGAGGAAGAGAGAAGCAGGAGGCAAGGAAAAGCAAGGUUGUCACCCCCAUGAUUGCUGCGGACACCAGGAGUCGCACAGGGGAUGCGAGCAUGACGGAGGCAAGGAGGAGGAGAAGGAGGAGGAGGAGGAGAAGGAGGUGGAGGCGGAGCUCGUGCGGCAUGGAGCGAUGGAUGAGGAGGUGGGGUAUUGGGGUGAGCGGGAGAUGUCGCGGUUCCGCUGGAAGGCUGAUGAGUGUAGCUUGGCCUGGGACUGCAUCCGAGCCGCUUUGCGCGAUCUCGAGCAUCAGACAGGAGGAGCACAGGCAAGGCAGAGCAUGAAGAGGAGGAGCAAAAAGAAUGACAGCCAGACUCCUUCCUCCUCCUCCUCCUCCUCCUCCUCCUCCAACUUAGCAGAAAUGCGACUUUGCUAUGGAGGAAGAGACCUGGUGGAUGAAGGAAGAAGCAUCGAGUCCUACGAUAUUCGCACAGGCGCGACCAUCUUCGCGUUGCUCCGCUUGCUGGGGGGGCAGCAUCUCAAUGCGAGGCGCAGGAGGAGCAGGGGAGAACCUCUGGCGGAUGAGAAAGACGUCACUGACAACUACGUGGAGGACGUGGACGCAGGUCCCUUCCUCGAUGGCCGUCCUGUAGAUCCCAUGAAGGACUACUCGCGCCGCUCCCACGUGCAGACCAAGUUUCACAGCAGGGACCGCAUCACCCGUCCAGCUCAUCGCCCGCUGGCCUUCAAGCGCCUGGUAACAGGAGGGAACUUGAUCCGAAAAGUCCUCGAGGGAAGAGGGCUGUACAUGUGCUGCUGGAAGCACGUCCCAGGAGCCAAGUACUGUCAGGACUUCUGCUUCACCAACGCCUCCUCUUGGGGCUGGUCGUCUCGCCGCCAUCGCCUUGUCACCAUCGGCCCAGACCUCGAGAGGGACCCGGAGGUUGGCAACUGGCCUGAUAUGGACUCACCUUUCGUCGACGCCUGCGCCAACAGCAACGGGAGGUGCGAGUUUGCUACUGGACAGCAGUACUGGAGAAAGUACCCCCGACAGAAACGAGCCCUGGAGAACGAGGAAGCGGCCAAGCUCUGCGCCUUUGACACGGACUUAUACUACCCUCGUCAGGAGCGGCUCGGAGAGGCAGAGAGUCCUGGCGUGGGUCCGCUACACUUCUACCAGAUCAGACGCUCUAUGAGAUGA